CAGAUUCAGUUCUCGCGAUUGCUUUGAGUGUGUCACAAGUAAAUUCAACGCAAUCUCUUCAACAUGAUUGUUGAAAGUCAUUUUGCACUAUUCGUCAUUAUAUUGCUUUUGGGAAAAACAUAUUGUAAUGACGUCAACUAUGACAAAAUUUCAAUAGCAUCUCAACUCAAGUUGGACAAUUUAAAAGAAAUAAUUAGCAUUCUAAACAAAACAGAGACUCUCAAGGUUAAAGAGCUAAAUCAAUGUAUUGCAGAUGCAAAAAGUUUGGAGCUUAACAAAACAAAUUUAGAAAGUGGCUUGACAAAUAUAACCGAAAUUCUUAAAAAAGAAUCGAAACGCGUUGAUGAUAAUAAUAGAACUCUUAAUGAGACCGAAAAUAAUUUGGCUUUAAGUGAAAAGACUAUUGUGAUAUUAGAACGCGAUUUAAAAUCAAAUAAAACAGCUUUAAAUUAUAAAAUAAACGAACUGAAUGGCAACAUAGAAAUGGUUAAUAAUAUGAAUAAUAAAAUUAGAAAACUCAAUUCUACCAUUAAGGAACUCAAUGAAAAGGUCCGUCAAACUGAAAAUAAUCUCACUACCGUAGAUUUAGAUCUUAAGAAAUGUGAAGCAGAUAUUGCAAGAGCUAAUAAAACAAUUGAUGAAAAGAAUAACGAAAUAACCGAAUUAAUAAAUCAAAUUAACUCAGAUGAAAAUACGAUAUUUAAAUUAAAUAAUUCAUUCACCUCCUAUGCGAAUUGCUGCAUAGCCACCAGUUGCGAAAUGUUUGGGAGUUCGACUGAUGUCCAUAUCAUAAAUGUAUCUGGCGUCGGGGCCUUCGAGGUGUUAUGUAAUGGUAAAGUCAAUGGUCCUGGCUGGACUGUCAUUCAAAGACGCAUCAAUGGCAACGUUGAUUUCUAUCGCAACUGGACUGAGUAUCGAAAUGGAUUCGGCGUUCUCCAGAACGAGUUCUUUAUUGGAUUAGAAAAGCUGCAUCACAUGACAGUAGCUGAGCAACAAGAUAUUUACAUUGAAUGCCAGGACUUCAAUGGAUAUACAUUUUCUGCGAAAUACGACAAUUUCACAGUGGGCAGCGAAACAGAAUUAUAUUCACUUAAUUCUCUGGGUACAUGGUCAGGCAACGAGGAUGACCAAGAUUUACUAAGCGAACACGUGGGUGAAAAGUUUAGCUCCUAUGAUCGGGACAACGACAGUGAUGUUGACGAAAAUUGUGCCGAGACUCUACACGGCGCCUGGUGGUACAGCGAUUGUGCAUUAGCUAACUUGAAUGGACGCUAUCUGAAAAAUGGCUAUGAGAGCAAGGAGGGCAUCUUCUGGUAUGGCAAUACUGAGAGAUAUCUGAAAUCAGUUCAAAUAAUGAUACGACCAAAUAGACUAUCAGCUUCGAAGACGUAAUUUUAGUUCAUAAAUAUAAUAACAACAUGUUGAUAACUUCUUGAUUCCAAUAGCCAAACGAAUAGAAAAUUUUGAUUAAAGUUUACAUUUUCUUUAUGUA